CGCGAUGAUCGUGGAGAUGGCCAACAGCGCAAUGACAAAGCCGUAGCAGUAGAUGUAGAUGGCAUCCUCUGUCGUGCCCUGUACGAGUACUCCGCCACCAAUCGCUCCGAUCAAUGUGCCGAGCGACCACAUCACUCCCAGCCAGCCACUGGCCAUUCCCGUCUGGCUGAGGUGCACGAGGUCUGGAAUGAUUCCAGAGAAUGCACCGGCAGCCACACCUUGUCCAAAGUAGAAACCAACCUCCAUGAGUAUGAAUCCAGAGAUUGUCGCAUUGGAGUCAUUGUAGGA